ACAGACAAGGCUCAUUCUUUAACAAUUAUUCGCUAAACUCGAGUCAGUCAAGUCAGUUGUGAGCGCACGGUGUAUAUUUAUAUAUGUAUAUUAUCAAUAACACAAAUAAGACAUUUGUAUUUCGAGCGGUAAAACAAAAGAAGAGUACACAAACAAAUAAAUAAAGUGAAUUGUAAGCGCGCCGCGAGAAAGAAAAUACCGGUGAGCAUUACUCACAUAUUAAAUAAAUAAUCCGGUAAUGUAAUCAUGUACGAUUUACUGAUACGUACACUUGUGAUAGUAGCCUGCAUAGUUGAGUGUUGGAGCUUCAAUAGCAUAUUAUCACAAACGGCCAUAAAUGGAACAAACGAUACGCUUUCAAAGUUCAUAAAUUCCAUUGAGUCCGCGGCAGCUGAUGAAGCUUUAAAUUACAGCACAUCUACAGAAAUCUCGUUAGAGAGUCCUAAAAAUGCGGCUUUACCAGAGGAUUGCUCGCAGCGCACUAAGAAAGCCGUGCAGCCGGUGAAUACGAAAAAUUCACGUCUAAGAAAAUGCUGUCCGCAUGGCGAGGGUUUGAGCGUAUUUCGUGAAAAUCAAACCGACGAUUUCUGCGAUUCGACAAAUUUCAAAUUUGAGCCCAGUAUUAUAGGCGUUGCGCUAUAUGACAACUGCAUUGAAGAUGAAGAGAUAGCGGUUAAUUUGCAAGUUGAAAUUGGAAAUCCCUGCAAUUCUUCUCUGAUAUACAACGAUGAAGAUGAUACAUUCUUUGUGCUGCAAGACGGUUCUCUACUCAUUAUGGACAAGUAUGGCAAUGACAGUUAUACUGUGGAAAAAUUCUAUUGUCUCGAUAUGGAUAAUGUGUCGGGCAUUACCUAUGCCAUAACUUGUAUAACCGCAAUUGAAGAGCACUUGAAGCGUGGACAGAUCAUAGCCAUUGCUGCUUUAAUGCUCGUCUCCAUACCGUGCUUGCUGAUUGUCAGUUAUACACAUAUAAGACUGAAGGAGUUGCGUUCGGUACACGGACUAUGUCUGAGCUCUUUGUCCUUAUGCCUAGCUUUAGGCUAUUUCCUGCACUCUUUGGUGCAUAUUUUCAAAAUUGAUUCCAUGAAUAUCGGUUAUGUUAUACAGUUUCUAAUGCUAUCCUACUUCAUAUGGUUCUUCUGCCUCUGUUGGAAUGUAUUGGUCAAUAUUUGGUAUCGCAUUCCGGUAAAUAAGCGCGCCUCGAAGAUGGUGGUGUGGUCUGUAUUUGCUGGGCAUUCGCUGAUCUGCUACAGUGUCGCGGGCUUACUGGUGGCAUUGACUAUACACAAGGGACUUCCUGGUAUGCCAUCCUACUUCAUGCAGGGCUUAACGGCAUCCAUUCGCGAGUCGCAACGUUACUUUAUACCGCCUGUAUCGACGUUUCUCUUCUUGUCAUUUAUCGUAAUGAUGAUAUCAUUCUUCGGUUUCCAAAAAUUAAAGAAACAGAAGACAGAGGCUGCCGCCAAGAACAGUACGAAUGGCACGACACAUCCAAAUGUAACACCCGAAAUUGAUGAAAUGAAGUAUGAGGAAGUGAAGAAAGACGCCAAAUGCAUAAGCUUUCUGGGUGUUAUAUUAAUUGUAUCAUGGCUAUUGGAGAUAGUUACAUUCUAUUCACCCGGUCCAGAAGCGUAUCUUAUGGUCAUGGAAAUGGUCAACGGCCUACAAGGUGUGUUCAUAAUGCUGAUAUUCGUCGUGGUACGACGUAGGCGUACAGUUAUUUUGAGAUGGUGGUACGAUAGGGGGUCACACAAUGUUGAGGAUGUCGAACUUGAGGCGAUGAAUAAAUAAAUAAAAUUUCGAAUUUGUGCGCUCAAAUAAAAAUAGUAUAUAGGGAUAUAUAUAAAUACUGACAUAUUUAUGUAUAUUAUUUACAUGUAAAGACCAUAAUAGUGCUUAAUUUUGUUUUAAUUUAAUAAACUAUAAUAAUUUUAAGUAAA